UGCUCAUGUAAGACGAGUUUGUCGUGUUAUAGCACACAAAUUUCCAUAUGGUCGAAACAUUUUUUACCAAAAUAGCCUUCCACAUAUGCAAAACUACCCAAACACACGCACACACACCUACACACACAGGGAGCUCCCCAUCGCGGUUCACCAGAGCUCAUUUGUUUAAAUCUACUGUUGUAGCGUCAUGCGUGUAACCAUAGGCAACGCAAGGACACCAGUAGGCGGUCCAUUGGAGGAAAAGAUGAAUAUGAUAGGUUCGAUUGAUCACCGCUGAUCUGUGAUUGGUUGUAAUUGUGGACGUUUGUGCGGGACUUUAUGACAGGUAUGAGGGAGCAGGAACAGAGGAGGCGGCGAUGAUUCACUUCAGGAAUAUGGCGUCGAGAAAGAAGGCUGGGAACGGCGUUCAAGAAAAGGGUGCAAAUGGAAAGCAGUUAUCGAAACAUAAAGACGGGCCUAUAGGACUUCCUUCACAUCUUCUUGGUUUCAUCUGACUUCUGAAGCCAUGGUCCACAAAGAGCUUACAAAGCCUGUACAGGGUCCCACUGUCAAAGGUAUCGAUCAGAAGAGAGGUACCAAAACAUUACAUGUACCAUGGAACACCAUGAAGGACAUCGUCAAGAAGUGGAGAAAAUGGAGCACCACAGUGACAUCACCAAGAACAGGACGUCCCUCCAAAAUGUAUAAAAGGACAAGACAAAAACUUACCAAGGAGGCUGCCAAGAGACCUCCGGCAACAUUAAAGGAGCUACAGGAUCAUCUGACAAGUACUGAUUUUUCCUGGCAUGUGACAACAACCUCUCAUAUUCUUCACAUGUCUGGGCUAUGGCUUAGGAUGGCUAGACAGAAGCCCUUUCUGACAAAAAAUAAAAAUCCAACCUCAACUAAUCACCCCAAACUAUGUGGCAAAAUGUGUUAUGUUCUGAUGAGACCAAUUCCCAAAGUAAUAAUAAAUAAUAAAUCCAUAAUUCCAAAAGGUAUAUUUGGUGAAAAAAAAAAAAGCACAUCCCCAAAAGAAAACCAUACCCAUGGUGAAGCAUGGUGGUGGCAGCAUCAUGCUUUAGGGCUGCUUUUCUUCAGCCAGAACUGGGGCUUUUUCAAGGUGGAGGGAAUCAUGAACCGCAACAAAUGCCAGUCGAUUUUAGGGCAAAACCUUCAGUUGUCUGCUAGUAAGCUGAAGAUGGAAAGGAAUUUCACAUUUUAGCAUGACAAUGACCCAAUUUUUUUUUUUUUUGCAAGAAAGAGUGAGAAAAUAUUGCUAAGUCAAGAUGUGUCACACUGAUAGACUCUUAGCCAAAAAGACUGAGUAUUUUAACAUAAUCAAAAGGUGCUUCAACAUAUAUUAGUGAAUUAGUUUACAGGAAACCAGGUUAUUGUAAGUCUUUUUAUUUUUCCCCUAUGUUUCUGAUUGUUUUUCACUUAAUUUUUAUAGGUUAUAAUUUCACAUUGAGGGUGGAAAAAGUUCUGACGUGAUUUAUCUUGGUUUCGUUUUUUUUUUUACAUCACAAAAACCUGCCAUUUUAUAUGAAUGUUGCCCUGUGAUGGAGUGAAGUCAAAUCCAGGGAUUUGCUCCAGGGAUUGACUCCAGAGCCACCACAAGCCUGGAAAGGAUAAAACAGUCACUGAAGAAGAAUGAAUGAAAAAUAGAAUGAAUUAGGAAUAACAACACUGCAUUCCAUUGCACUGUUUCCCUAGGGUUUUUUUUUUUUUAUAAACAAAGCAAGCCUGUAUAGAGUGCCUGCCUACUGUGUUUCGCAGACACUCACAGUCGUUAAUCCUCUUUCACAGGCUAUAGAACAGUGGAAAGAACACGCAUGGUAGAUGGCAUCAUGUUGUUUUGGGCUUGAAAAGUACGAAAUAUGAAAUUUUGGUCGAAGUAAAACUAAUAGAUCAUGUUCUCCAGUUUCAUAAAAGAGGUUUUUUUUAGUGGAGGAGUGGGAUAUUAUUUUCUCAAGGCGUCAGUAAUAAAAUAUUUUCAUAGCUCCUCUGUGAUGAACUCAUGAUUUUCCAGCUCCUUUCACCCAGAUAUUUGCGUCACAUGUCCCGGCAGGAACACACGAAUAAUGUUUUAAAGACUCCCAAAGGAAUACUGACCAAUCCUGCCCGCUCUCACAGUUACUGUUGUUUCUACCCACUCGAAAAUGAUAUUUUCUUAUGAGUUUGUUUUUGUAUAGAGACAUGCAUCAGGACUACAUUCAGUCAGUCCCGAUGCACACCUUUAUACCAGCGUACUAAAUAGCAAGGCUUUAUCAACGUUGUGCAUUGCUAGAGCUUAGCUGUUACUAGACAGUGUGUACUAUUUUAACAUACGUUUUUUUUGUUUUGUUUUGUUUUGUUUUGUUUUUAGCGAGGCUAGUGUGCGGUUUUGGGUGCAGACUUUGUUGCAUCCACUUGUUGCAUCGCUGUUGGCAUGAAUGUUCAAAUGGCUCCAAAUUUAAGAUCGUUUAAAAAAAAUCUGAAAUAUUGAGGCUACUCAAGCUGAUGUCUGUGGUCUAUUAUCAGGCUGCAAAUUAGAGACUGUAUAGUACAGGUUUUAAACCAUAAUUACAUUAUGUAGGCUCAACACAGCACUUUUUCUAACUUUUUAGCAGUUACUGUCUUGCUAAGAUGUUGUUUUGAGGUUUCGGAGGCUUCACACGUUUAGACAUAUGACAUUUCCUCUUUUUUGGGGCCACCCUCAGUGCUUGUGGCUUAAGGCAAUAUCCUGCCUUGCGUAUCCUGUAGCUACGGUUCUGACCACAGAAAAACAAAAAACGAGUUUGACACAUAAGUGUUUGCUCUGGUAGCUAAUAGCUGACAGCCACCAGGAUCACAAAAUAAUUUUUACAGUAUCCUGUACUCAUAAGAACAGCUUCCUAGUCCUUCACGGAUUUAAUACAGACAAAAGCAGCUUUGCCUCUGAGCUUACUAAUCACAAUUAUGGAUCAUAGCACACAAAAACAUAAUUCCCAUCCACAAACAUCCACACACAACAACUGUGUAACAAUUUGCCAAUCUGAGUAAAAUUAACGUGUGCUUUUUAGUUUGUCUAAAAGCAGAAGCAAUGACAGCUUGGCAUUAACCUGUGUACCUGCGGUGUUAAAAGUGUCUCGUUUAAACAAUUUUAUUGUGUACCAUGUUGCAGUGUUGGAAAAACAUCUCCGAAUUUGUGUCCUAUUUGGGUGGCAGCCAUUUUGUAGUGUUGUUAUUAUAGUCCCUGGGUGGUUCACUAUAUCCGAAAGGUCAGGAACCAAUGGUAAUGUAUUGAGCAAAUAUGUCAAUCCAAAUAUGUUGAGCAAAAGCCGCAAGAAUAUGAUACAGUGGUUGAGAAAAUGCAUAUAGCUUAAGGGUAAACUUGUAGAGGAGAUCAGUAAAUAAGUAUAGUAAAUAAUAAAUACAAAAUUAAGUAUAUGUAUGUAGUUUGUCGAUGCGUGUAUAUAGUUUUACUGUCAUUGGUUCCUGGGCAUCCUGUAUUAUUUCCCAUUGUAUACCAUAAAUCCAGUGUCUGAUGCACGUUACGUCUUCACUAAAGUAUCACAAUGCAUAGCCAUUCUUUCCGCUCGAAAUGUGCUUCUCAGUGUGGAAAUCAGAGCGCUCAAUCUUGUCCGUGAACAUAAAUAAAAAUGUUGUUUAUCAGCCACUAAUGCCAGCAGGUACUUGCUGGUGGUGUAUUUAAUGCAGAAAAUUACUAUGCAUGACUUAGGUGCAAUUUGUAAUUGAGCACUAUAAGUCAAAUAGCUAUAAAUCAAACCAAAGCCCUCUUGUAGGGUGAAGUUCAUAACUGGAAUAGCUAAUAGACUGGAACAUUGCUGUGGCUGUUCAGGGUUUGGGGAUAGAGGUCAUUUGGUCAUAAUCAUACAGUACACCCUGUACUAUGUCGUGUUUUAAAUGGGUAACAAGACAAGAUCUGCUCAUGCAUUUGGAAUGCAAGAGCACUUUGUGUGUGUGUGUGUGUGUGUGUUUGUGUGUGUGUUGGGGAGGAAGGCAUAAAUAGAAAAAUGCCAGCUGAGGACAGAAAAAGGACAAUGAAGGAAAGGUUAGGGUGUGGAUAUCCUAAGGGAGAGAGAGAGAGAGAGAGAGAGAGAGAGAGAGAGAGAUGGUCUAGUCAACCUCCUAUUUUCCCUUCCUUAGUCUCCUUUAACACAGUUUUUCUGGCAACUGUAAAACUCUGGCUUCCAUCCAGCUAUGUGUGUGAUACAUGAGCAGCUGCUUGUAGCUUUACUCUGUUAAAACCGAGUGUUAGAAGUACUGCAUCUUUGUCAUUUCUAGGUUUGCACAACAGAAGGACAAGCAUGACAUGCUCCAGUACACUGGUGAUGGACACUAAGGCUGUGUUUGCAGCCCUGUAUGAGGUGUGUGAGGAGAACGCUGCUUUCUUCGGUGGCACACAAGCGGGAGAUGCUCCACAGAGGCUGGUUGAUGCUAUGUUGACCAUUCACAAACACGCUCACAGCCUCGAGCCGGUUAUCUGUGGUUUUGCUGCCAUCUACCAUCACUUUGACUUUGACCCUCACAUUCCUGCUAAUGGAUACCGCUCACUAGUGAAGGUGGUGCGUUGCUGUCUUCUUCACAUCAUCCACAAGGCGCGCUACAUUGCAUCCAACAGACGGAGCAUCUUUUUCCGUGCAGCCCACCAUGCUGCAGAGAUGGAAGCUUACAGCUGUGCUCUGUGCCAGCUGAGGGCUCUGCUCUACCUUGCCCAGAGGCUGCUUCACGACAACAGUCACGGCAACCUCUUCUUCCAAGAUGAGAACGGUCUCAGCCAGCUCUUUCUUCGAGAGUAUGCCUCCAUGCACAAGGGCUGCUUUUAUGGCCGCUGUGUUGGCUUCCAGUUCACUCCAGCCAUCCGUCCACACUUGCAGAGUAUUACCAUAGGCUUGGUCGCAUUCGGAGAUAACUACAAGAAGCAUCAUUCCAGCAUAGGUGUUGCAGCUAGUUCCUUAUUCACCUCUGGAAAGUAUGCCAUUGAUCCUGAGCUGAGGGGCCUGGAGUAUGAGCGAAUCACUCAGAACUUAGACGUUCAUUUCUGGAAGACAUUCUGGAAUAUCACUGAAAGCGAAGUUUUGGCAGGCUUGGCAAGUAUGACUUCCACUCAGGUAAAGGUGAAUCGCGCUCUCUCUGUACCACCUGAUUGCUUUGACCUACCCUUGGUGGACGAUUCCACACAUACGGUUACAAUCUCUUCUCCGGUUGCCCAUAUCGGCCCUGGUCCAGUUCAGAUGAGACUCAUCUCCGGUGAGCUGAGGGAAGGACAGGACAGUGAGAAGCUGUUAGCAAUAUCCCGUUCCGAUGGUGGCUCAAUCUCUCUGUCCCUGAGUCUAAAGAUUAAGAAGAGCCCUCCAUCACCUUGGCUGGUGGUACAUUACCAUGGAGGAGGCUUUGUUGCACAGACUUCUAAAUCACAUGAGCCAUACCUGAAAAGUUGGUCUCAGGAACUGAACGCUCCAAUCCUGUCAGUAGAUUAUUCUCUUGCCCCUGAAGCCCCAUUUCCACGUGCGCUGGAGGAGUGUUUCUUUGCCUACUGCUGGGCUAUCAAGAACCACGAACUUCUGGGUUGGACAGGGGAGCGAGUGUGUUUGGCUGGUGAUAGUGCAGGGGGUAACCUGUGUGUCACUGUGUCAAUGAUGGCUGUGGCACAUCGAGUACGCUUGCCGGAUGGCAUCAUGGCUGCAUACCCUGCCUUCAUGCUCACCACCUGUGCCUCUCCAUCCCGUCUGCUCAGUCUAAUGGAUCCUCUCCUUCCCCUUAGUGUACUGUCCCGCUGCCUCAGUGCUUAUGCAGGUUUGGAUCCUCAGGAGGAGAAACAGGUAGAGAAAGUCACUGCUCUGGGGACGGUGAGGAAGGACACCGCCCUACUUCUCAAAGGCUUCAGACAGGGAGCCUCAAACUGGAUCCACUCACUCCUGGACCACAGCAAAGCAAGUGCAGAGACCGUGAGGAACAGUGUUUCUGAGGGGACUCUCGAUUCUACCCAGUCUGACCUUCUGGUUCCAGGAAUUUCCUCUGGGUUCUCAGUGAAAAAAGAAUCUCUGAAAAGCCACACAUGUGAGGGUCUGGUCACCCACACUACCAGCCCGUUCACCAGCAGCAGCCACAACCGCACCAGCUCUACUGCCAACCUCUCGCUUCAUCAUAAUCCUCUCCUCAACACCACUGCAAUCCUUGAAAGCAAGCCAGAGGAUAUAAAUGUACUUUUCUCCAAAGAAGUUGACCCCUCCGUGUCAAGUUCGAUCUCGUCUGUGGCGGUACCUCCCCCUGACGGGGAAGGACACUCGGGAACCCCACGAGGGUUUCCUGGGGACUUUGAGCCAUUGCGCUCAGAACAGCUUGCCAAAAUGAAUGUAGAUUCCUCACCCAUCUUUAGAAAUCCCUACAUGUCACCUGUUCUGGCUCCAGACCACAUGCUGAAGGGACUACCUCCUAUUCAUAUAGUGGCCUGUGCUCUGGACCCCAUGUUAGACGACUCUGUAAUGUUCGCCAGACGACUACGGAACAUUCAGCAGCCUGUGACUUUGUGUGUAGUGGACGACCUCCCGCAUGGCUUCCUUAGCCUGUCGCAGCUCUCUAAGGAGACCCACGAAGCUUCUAAUGUCUGCAUGGAGAGGAUCAGAGAUGUCCUCACUAUGAAAGACCUGCCUCCAGAGAUAAAUAAACACCGCAAGCUGGAAAGGACCGAUCAUUGUGCUUCAGGUGCCUCUACCAAGCUCUUUCAGAAGACCACUAGUGCAGAUGGAAGAGAGGGUGUAGUUUGAAAGGUGGAAAGUGGUGUAGUGACCAACAAAGCUGAUGCAUCGAGAUGAGAUUUAAAGAACAAAUAUUGUUCAGAGAAAAGGACAAAAAUGAAGACAGGAAGGGGUUUUUUUUAAACAAAAAGAAAUUCAGGCUGAAGACUACACUAGAAUCACUGUGCAAUGAACCAGCAGAGCAAGAAUGAGUAAAAUGGUGCAGUAAUGUCUCACAGAAGUAGUUUCAUUUAUACUUGAUUAGUAUUUGGCAGUAAGUAAAUAGAAGUGAGAGGAGACACUGCUGCUAUUGUGUUAUAAAUGACUGUGCAUGUGCACUUGCACUUUUCAAACAUACACAACUUUAACAAAAUAUUGCCACUUUGCCUCUGCACUGUAUUGCUUUGUUGAGAUUCUGAUUAUGAAUCAUACAAAUACCAGCAUGGAAACAAAUGCUUCCUGUCUUGUCCAGGCCUGAAGCAGAAUUUUCGUAAAUGUUAUGAUACAGCUUGUUGACACGCGUUAUUACUGAACUUAUUGCUUAAGCUUUAGGGAGUCAAUCAAACCAAAUUUCUACUUGUAGUAGGUGUGAAACAUAUAUAUACACACAUAGUACUGUGCAAAAGUCUUUGCAGAAAAAUUAAAUUUUGUAUGUCGGUAAAGAAAGCAGCAUAUUACAUAAGAGACCACUUUUCAGACAAAAAAACAUAAUGAAGCUGCUGGGUUUUGCUGCAAAAAUAAGAAGCAAGUGCAAAAGUCAAGGUCUCCAGAAGAACUGUGGCUGGUUCUGCAAGAUGCUCAGUAAAAUUUCCUUAUAAAAACUGCACAAAUUGUACCCGACACUACUUUUUUUUUUUUUUUUUUUUUUUUAAAGCAAAGAGUUGUUUCAUUUAUUACUGUUUACUGCUCUUUAUAGUAAUUUUUUUAAUGUAGAAACAUUUAAUUUCGUUAUUUUUGAAGGCAUCUUUGCUGUACAGCAUUUCUUUGCAUGUGCCUAAGACUUUUGCACAGUACUGUAUGUAUAUUUGGCUGCAUUGCGUUAUGUGUUUGUGUGAAAUUGGUAGUUCUGCUGACCAUCUUGAAACUGGAAAAAUGAAAAUCCUGACCAAUGUUCGAUGCACAUGGCUUUUCAGAGUAGAUUUGUGUAUAGAUCGCUCCAGGGUUAAGGUUGUGUGCUAGUGAUCAGAAGGCAGAAAGUUCAAUUCCCAAGCUUUCAGAGAACCACUAUUGGGGCCUUAACCCUGAACUUCUCAGCUCCAGGCUUGCAUAGUAUCUCAGUUGUGAGUCAGUUUGUGUAAAAGUGCCUGCUAAAUGAAUAUAUGUAAAUGUAGAUUUUGUUUAUUACAUGUUAAAUAUGUUUAUUACAUGUUAUUUUAAGUAUUUUUGUAGUUGUUAAUUAGAGAAAGUAUAAUGUUACUUCUGAGGCUGAACAAUCUUGCAUUAAGUUCUAAAUAACUGAAUACUAGUUCAUCAGCAUGAGAGGAUUGCUGGGCUUCGAACACAGGAAGCUAUGACAUACAGAAUUAUAAUUAACCUAGCAUCAGCCAUCGUCCUCUUGCACACUAUAGCCCAUCUGUUACUAGUGGAAUUACAUUGGGAUACAUGAGGAAAUAUUUAUGCACUUUCCGUUUCUCAGCCUCCUUUAAUCGUUUUUCUUGUCUUAGUUAUUGCUCUGUGACUAUCACUGCCUUUCUGCUUGUUGUCAGCUUUUGAAACGCUCUGCACACUGACCCAUUUCUAGAACGCAGGAGGUAUUUUAGGGAACAUCCUUCAACGACCUUGAACCAAUUCGACAACACAUUUAGCAGGAGUAUGACUGUGCUCCUUCUGCAGAUGUCAUUUGUCCCAGCCAGACUUUCAGAUUUCACUCCUCUCAUUAACACAACAGAAUUCUAGCAAAUCUAACAACUUUCAGGGAUGGACAAAUCAUAAAUUCAUUAGCUAGCCCAGAGGGGAGAGGGGAAAAUAGACAAACUACUUUCUAACUAUUCAGUGGCGGCUCGUCCAUAGGGGUAAGUCGGGCAGAGUCCCAGCAUGUCAGUUAUAUUAGCCAAAUAGAAAUCUUCAUAAAGUCCUUAUUCACAACUCCAUACGUUUUACAUUCCAUUGAAAUACUAAUUACCUCUUUUGAUUGACAAUCAAUAAAAAAAUGUUUCUAUUUGACAGAUAUAAGCCAGUGUUUCACUGAUAUACUCACUUGUCUAGAUGUUCAAGAUCCAUAGAGUUAUUAUUGCACCUAGAAUCCAAAAAUGGGAACUGCAACAAGCGCUGGGGGUCCAUUGGGGAACAAAUCAUGCUGACCCAUGCUUGGGGCCUGAUAGGCCACUUACUUACAGGGUUGCCAGGGUCACAAUUUUUACACCAAAUUGGGCUAGUUUAAAAUACUCUGUGGCUGCCAAGAUCGUGUUUUAUUUCAAAUAUUCUAAAUUAAAUCUCAGUUCAGACAGUGUGUCUAUGAUGUACAGAACUAUUUCUAUCGUAAGAUAUAUUGCAAAGAUUCAGAGAAGGAAAGGGGGAUUAUGGAGUGGAUUAUAGCCGUAUAUCAGAAAUGCGUGUGCACCGUGGUGACCACACAAAGGCUAAGAAAAAGACGAAAAAUAUUUCUCUGUUUUCAAAUGCCUGAAUUUUUGCGCUAUUAUCAAACACAUUUGACAAAACGUACAAUCUUCUAGACUGUACGCUGGAUGAAUGUAUGUUGUCGACUCUCCACUGCCUAUUACAGGAUUACUCUAAAAAUUCACUAGAUAGUAACCUAUAGCAUAAGUCAGCUCUCGAUUUAAUGUUGUUUAAGGUUAUGUCAUCAUUAAUAUUGUCCUGUCCACCAAAAUCUAUGGUCAUGAGCCACUGUUUAGCCACUCCUACUAAACCUACUUGUCCGCCUACAAAUAAAAACUAGUAACUUGGACACGGGCUACUGAUUUGUCCACUAGUAACUAGGCACAUGGGCUACUGAUUUGUCCACCCCUGACUUUGUAGAUCUGUAAGGCUUUCUGAUGAAACCAUAUUUCACCUGCUUUGGUAAAAAUAUAAUAAUAAUGAUAAUAAUAAUAAUAAUAAAAU